UCGAAGCUGCUCUCGGACAAAAUGGUUGAAGGACGAAGGAGCCUUUUUGGUGCGCAGAUCUCCACGCCAGAGCGUUGUAUUCCAAUUUUAGUUCUUUCCCCGUGAGGAGGGGAGGCUAGGCGGGCGAGGCAGAGGGGAUAGGGCAGUCGCCGCUGCGUGGUGGACUGACUGGUGUGGUGGGUGGUGGGUUUUGCGGGCGGGGUUUAGUAGGUUCCCGGAAAUGGAGAUGGUUCUCCGGCCACGGAGCCCUCUGUGCCCUCGGAGCAGUCAGCCGCUCGUCGUCGUCCGGCCGGCCGGCCGCGGCGGCGGCCUCGCGCAGCCUUUUUUGAUGAAUGGCAGAUUUACUCGAAGCAGGACCCUUCGAUGCAUGGUAGCAAGUUCAGAUCCUCCUAAUAGGAAAUCAAGAAAGAUGGUAUCACCUCAGGUUAAAGUCAUUUCUUCUAGAGGAUAUACGACAAGACUCAUUGUUGAACCAAGCACCGAGAAUAUAGAACACAAUAAUCGGGAUGAAGAAACUCUUGAUACAUACAAUGCGCUAUUAAGUACCGAGACAGCAGAAUGGACAGAUACUAGAGAAGCCGAGACUGCUAAAGCGGACUCGUCGCAAAAUGCUUUAAGCAGUUCUAUAAUCGGGGGAGUGGAUGUGGCGGAUGAAGAUAUACUUGCGGCUGAUCUGACAGUGAAUUCAUUAAGCAGUAUAACGAAGAAGGAAGUGGAUGCAGUGGACAAAGCUAGAGUUAAAGAAGACGUAUUUGAGCUGGAUUUGCCAGCAACUACAUUGAGAAGUGUGAUAGUGGAUGUGAUGGAUCAUAAUGGGACUGUACAAGAGACAUUGAGAAGUGUGAUAGUAGAUGUGAUGGAUGAUGCGGCGGACAAAGCUAGAGUUGAAGAAGACGUAUUUGAGCUGGAUUUGUCAGGAAAUAUUUCAAGCAGUGCGACGACCGUGGAACUAGAUGCGGUUGACGAAGUCGGGCCUGUUCAAGACACAUUUGAGGCGAACUCGUCAGGAAAUGUUUCAAACAGUGCAACGGUACGGGAAGUGGAUACGAGUGCUGAAGCUGGGAAUGAUCAAGGCAUAUUUAGAGCAGAUUUGUCAGGAAAUGUUUUUUCAAGCAGUACAACAGUGGAAGUGGGUGCAGUGGAUGAAGCUGGGUCUAUAAAAGACAGGUUUGAGACGGAUUCGUCAGGAAAUGUUUCAACAAGUGCGACGAUGUGGGAUGCAAUUGAUGAAACCGUGGCUGAUCAAGACGCAGUUGAGGCGGAUUUGUCGGGAAAUGCUUCAAGCUGCGCGACAUACAGAGAAGUGGAUGAUGUGGUGGAUGAAACUAGAUCAGAAGAGGAAACAUUUGCGAUGGAUUUGUUUGCAAGUGAAUCAGGCCAUGAGAAACAUAUGGCAGUGGAUCAUGUGGGUGAAGCUACCGAUGAAGAAGAGACUUACCAACAGCAAUAUCCAGUACCGUCUUCAUUCUCUAUGUGGGACAAGGCUAUUGCUAAAACAGGUGUAAGUUUGAAUCCUGAGCUGCGACUUGUCAGGGUUGAAGAACAAGGCAAAGUAAAUUUUAGUGAUAAAAAAGACCUGUCAAUUGAUGAUUUACCAGGACAAAACCAAUCGAUCAUUGGUUCCUAUAAACAAGAUAAAUCAAUUGCUGAUGUUGCGGGACCGACCCAAUCAAUUUUUGGUUCUAGUAAACAACACCGGUCAAUUGUUGCUUUCCCCAAACAAAACCAGUCAAUUGUUAGUGUCACUGAGCAAAAGCAGUCCAUAGUUGGAUUCCGUAGUCAAGAUCUUUCGGCUGUUAGUCUCCCUAAACAAAACGUACCAAUUGUUGGUACGUCGAGAGAGGGUCAAACAAAGCAAGUUCCUGUUGUUGAUAGACAGGAUGCGUUGUAUGUGAAUGGACUGGAAGCUAAGGAGGGAGAUCACACAUCCGAGAAAACCGAUGAGGAUGUGCUUCAUGUAAAAUUUAAUGUUGACAAUGUGUUGCGGAAGCAUCAGGCAGAUAGAACCCAAGCAGUGGAAACGAUAACUUGGAAGAAAGUUGAUGAGGAACAUCUUUACAUGACUGAACAUCAGAUAGGUGCUGCCGAAGGACAGAUGGUAGUUAACGAGGAUGAGCUUUCUAUAACUGAAAUUGGAAUGGGGAGAGGUGAUAAAAUUCAGCAUGUGCUUUCUGAGGAAGAGCUUUCAUGGUCUGAAGAUGAAGUGCAGUUAAUUGAGGAUGAUGGACAAUAUGAAGUUGAUGAGACCUCUGUGUCCGUUAACGUUGAACAAGAUAUCCAGGGGUCACCACAGGAUGUUGUGGAUCCGCAAGCACUAAAGGUGAUGCUGCAAGAACUCGCUGAGAAAAAUUAUUCGAUGAGGAACAAGCUGUUUGUUUUUCCAGAGGUAGUGAAAGCUGAUUCAGUUAUUGAUCUUUAUUUCAAUCGUGACCUAACAGCUUUGGCGAAUGAACCCGAUGUCGUCAUCAAAGGAGCAUUCAAUGGUUGGAAAUGGAGGCUUUUCACUGAAAGAUUGCAUAAGAGUGACCUUGGAGGGGUUUGGUGGUCUUGCAAACUGUACAUACCCAAGGAGGCCUACAGAUUAGACUUUGUGUUCUUCAACGGUCGCACGGUCUAUGAGAACAAUGGCAACAAUGAUUUCUGUAUAGGAAUAGAAGGCACUAUGAAUGAAGAUCUGUUUGAGGAUUUCUUGGUUAAAGAAAAGCAAAGGGAGCUUGAGAAACUUGCCAUGGAAGAAGCUGAAAGGAGGACACAGACUGAAGAACAGCGGCGAAGUAAGGAAGCAAGGGCUGCAGAUGAAGCUGUCAGGGCACAAGCGAAGGCCGAGAUAGAGAUCAAGAACAAAAAAUUGCAGAGUAUGUUGAGUUUGGCCAGAACAUGUGUUGAUAAUUUGUGGUACAUAGAGGCUAGCACAGAUACAAGCGGAGAUACUAUCAGGUUAUACUAUAACAGAAACUCGAGGCCACUUGCGCAUAGUACUGAGAUUUGGAUGCAUGGUGGUUACAACAAUUGGUCAGAUGGACUCUCUAUUGUUGAAAGCUUUGUCAAGUGCAAUGACAGAGACGGCGAUUGGUGGUAUGCAGAUGUUAUUCCACCUGAAAAAGCACUUGUGUUGGACUGGGUUUUUGCUGAUGGGCCAGCUGGGAAUGCAAGGAACUAUGACAACAAUGCUCGACAAGAUUUCCAUGCUAUUCUUCCAAACAACAAUGUAACCGAGGAAGGCUUCUGGGUGCAAGAGGAGCAAAACAUCUAUACAAGGCUUCUGCAAGAAAGGAGAGAAAAGGAAGAAACCAUGAAAAGAAAGGCUGAGAGAAGUGCAAAUAUCAAAGCUGAGAUGAAGGCAAAAACUAUGCGAAGGUUUCUGCUUUCCCAGAAACACAUUGUUUAUACCGAACCGCUUGAAAUACGUGCCGGAACCACAGUGGAUGUGCUAUACAAUCCCUCUAACACAGUGCUAAAUGGAAAGCCGGAGGUUUGGUUUAGAUGCUCUUUUAACCUUUGGAUGCAUCCAAGUGGAGCAUUGCCACCCCAGAAGAUGGUGAAAUCAGGGGAUGGGCCGCUCUUAAAAGCCACAGUUAAUGUUCCACCGGAUGCCUAUAUGAUGGACUUUGUUUUCUCCGAGUGGGAAGAAGAUGGGAUCUAUGACAACAGGAAUGGGAUGGACUAUCAUAUUCCUGUUUCUGAUUCAAUUGAAACAGAGAAUUACAUGCGUAUUAUCCACAUUGCCGUUGAGAUGGCCCCCGUUGCAAAGGUUGGAGGUCUCGGGGAUGUUGUUACAAGUCUUUCACGUGCCGUUCAAGAUCUAGGGCAUACUGUCGAGGUUAUUCUCCCGAAGUACGACUGUUUGAACCAAAGCAGUGUCAAGGAUUUACAUUUAUAUCAAAGUUUUUCUUGGGGUGGUACAGAAAUAAAAGUAUGGGUUGGACGAGUCGAAGACCUGACCGUUUACUUCCUGGAACCUCAAAAUGGGAUGUUUGGCGUCGGAUGUGUAUAUGGAAGGAAUGAUGACCGCAGAUUUGGGUUCUUCUGUCAUUCUGCUCUUGAGUUUAUCCUCCAGAAUGAAUUUUCUCCACAUAUAAUACAUUGCCAUGAUUGGUCAAGUGCUCCGGUCGCCUGGCUAUAUAAGGAACACUAUUCCCAAUCCAGAAUGGCAAGCACUCGGGUUGUAUUUACCAUCCACAAUCUUGAAUUUGGAGCACAUUAUAUUGGUAAAGCAAUGACAUACUGUGAUAAAGCCACAACUGUUUCUCCUACAUAUUCAAGGGACGUGGCAGGCCAUGGUGCCAUUGCUCCUCAUCGUGAGAAAUUCUACGGCAUUCUCAAUGGAAUUGAUCCAGAUAUCUGGGAUCCAUACACUGACAAUUUUAUCCCGGUCCCUUAUACUUGUGAGAAUGUUGUCGAAGGCAAGAGAGCUGCAAAAAGGGCCUUGCAGCAGAAGUUUGGAUUACAGCAAACUGAUGUCCCUAUUGUCGGAAUCAUCACCCGUCUGACAGCCCAGAAGGGAAUCCACCUCAUCAAGCACGCAAUUCACCGAACCCUCGAAAGCAACGGACAGGUGGUUUUGCUUGGUUCAGCUCCAGAUCAUCGAAUACAAGGCGAUUUUUGCAGAUUGGCCGAUGCUCUUCACGGUGUUUACCACGGUAGGGUGAAGCUUGUUCUAACCUACGAUGAGCCUCUUUCUCACCUGAUAUACGCUGGCUCCGACUUCAUUAUUGUCCCUUCAAUCUUCGAACCCUGUGGCUUAACACAACUUGUUGCCAUGCGUUAUGGAUCGAUCCCUAUAGUUCGGAAAACCGGAGGACUUUACGACACUGUCUUCGACGUAGACAAUGAUAAGGACCGGGCUCGGUCUCUUGGUCUUGAACCAAAUGGGUUCAGUUUCGACGGAGCCGACAGCAACGGCGUGGAUUAUGCCCUCAACAGAGCAAUCGGCGCUUGGUUCGAUGCCCGUGAUUGGUUCCACUCCCUGUGUAAGAGGGUCAUGGAACAAGACUGGUCAUGGAACCGGCCCGCACUGGACUACAUUGAAUUGUACCAUGCCGCUCGAAAAUUCUGACACCCAACUGAACCAAUGGCAAGAACAAGCGCAUUGUGGGAUCGACUACAGUCAUACAGGGCUGUGCAGAUCGUCUUGCUUCAGUUAGUUCCAAGCGCACUGCAGUCGUACAUAGCUGAGGAUCCUCUUGCCUCCUCCACCAGGGGGAACAAAGCAGAAAUGCAUGAGUGCAUUGGGAAGACUUUUAUGUAUAUUGUUAAGAUUUUCCUUUUCUUUUCCUUCCCUGCACCUGGAAAUGGUUAAGCGCAUCGGCAAUAUAAGAACCGCAGUGACAUUUUGUGAGUAGCUUUGUAUAUUCUCUCAUCUUGUGCAAACUUAUGUGCAUGCUAGGCUCUCUGAUCAUGUGGAAGCUUUGUUAUAUGUUACUUAUGGUAUACAUCAAUGAUAUUUACAUUUGUGGA